GCCAGAAACACAGCAGAAGUAAAGUUCAGUUAAGAGCAAUUAACCACUCGGUUCUAUCCAAAAUGAAUCACCGGUCAAAUUCGCACUUGUGUCUUUUCGUCUUGGUGGCGGCUAGUGCCAUUUUCCUUGGAAAUGCCCAAGUUCCAUUUCCCGGCAAGUGCCCCGAAGUCAAAAUAGUGGAGUCCUUCGAUGCCGAGGCGUACAUGGGCCUCUGGUAUGAGUACGCCAAGUAUCCAUUUGUCUUUGAGUUUGGCCAGAAGUGCACCACCGCCACCUACAGUAUCGUCGAUGCCAACACCGUUUCGGUUUUCAAUGCUGGAAUCAAUGAAAUCUCUGGAGAACCCAAGAACAUCACCGGAGAGGCCAAGGUAAUCGGACCCGGUCAAUUGGCAGUUGCUUUCUAUCCCGGCCAGCCCUUGACGGAGGCCAACUACCUGGUAUUGGCCACCGAUUACAAAACAUACUCUGUUGUCUACAACUGCAUCGAAUUUUCGCCAUUGCUCAACUCCAAAUUCGCUUGGAUCCUGACUCGUGAGCGUGAACCUUCUGCGAAGACCAUUGAGGCGGCUAAGAAGAUCUUGGAAGAAAACAAGGUGUCUCUGUCCUACCUGGUUGAUACUACCCAAAAUGAGUGCUCCCAAUCUUAGGACAAACACAAAGCCUUAGAAAGCUUUUAAAGGCGUCUCGAAAACACUUUUAUAAAUUUUGUAAAUUUGUUAUUGUGUUCCUAAAUCGUUAGUAAAAUGUUGUUAAAUGUGUAAUUUUUAAAAUGUUGUUAUUACGAUGAAUAAAAGCAAAUGAAAAUAA